CUGGGACAUCGUUGGGAACCCGGGGUCUGCAGCCACAGCCAUGUUUGGCCGGAAGCGCAGUGUCUCCUUUGGGGGCUUCGGAUGGAUCGACAAGACCAUGCUGGCAAGUCUGAAGGUCAAGAAGCAGGAGCUGGCCAACAGCUCGGAUGUGACCCUCCCAGACCGGCCGCUCUCGCCUCCUCUCACGGCUCCUCCCACCAUGAAGUCGUCGGAGUUCUUUGAGAUGCUGGAGAAAAUGCAGGGGAUCAAGCUUGAAGAACAGAAGCCAGGACCCCAGAAGAACAAGGAUGACUAUAUCCCGUACCCCAGCAUCGACGAGGUUGUGGAGAAGGGAGGCCCAUACCCUCAGGUCAUCUUGCCGCAGUUUGGGGGCUACUGGAUCGAGGACCCGGAGAACGUGGGCACCCCAACAUCGCUGGGGAGCAGCAUCUGUGAGGAGGAGGAAGAAGACAACCUCAGCCCCAACACGUUCGGCUACAAGCUCGAGUGCAAGGGUGAAGCCAGGGCCUACCGGAGGCACUUCCUAGGGAAGGAUCAUCUCAACUUCUACUGUACUGGCAGCAGCCUGGGGAACUUGAUCCUGUCCGUCAAGUGCGAGGAAGCAGAGGGGAUCGAGUACCUCCGGAUCAUCCUCAGGUCCAAACUGAAGACGGUGCAUGAGCGGAUCCCCUUGGCUGGACUGAGCAAGCUUCCCAGUGUCCCUCAGAUUGCAAAGGCUUUCUGUGAUGAUGCAGUGGGACUGAGAUUCAACCCUGUCCUGUACCCCAAGGCCUCCCAGAUGAUUGUGUCCUAUGAUGAGCAUGAAGUCAACAACACAUUCAAAUUCGGAGUCAUUUAUCAAAAAGCCAGGCAGACCCUGGAGGAGGAGCUAUUUGGGAACAAUGAGGAGAGCCCAGCUUUUAAGGAGUUCUUGGACCUGCUGGGGGACACGAUCACACUGCAGGAUUUCAAAGGUUUCCGAGGAGGCCUGGAUGUGACACACGGACAGACGGGGGUGGAAUCAGUGUACACGACAUUCCGGGACAGGGAGAUCAUGUUUCAUGUCUCCACAAAGCUGCCAUUUACCGAGGGAGACGCCCAGCAGCUCCAGAGAAAGAGACACAUUGGAAAUGACAUUGUGGCCAUCAUCUUCCAAGAGGAAAACACACCGUUUGUCCCAGACAUGAUAGCCUCCAAUUUCUUACAUGCCUACAUCGUCGUGCAGGUUGAGACCCCAGGCACAGAGACCCCAUCCUACAAGGUCUCUGUCACUGCGCGGGAAGAUGUGCCCACCUUUGGUCCACCUCUGCCCAGCCCCCCCGUUUUCCAGAAGGGCCGGGACUUCAGGGAGUUUCUGCUCACCAAGCUCACCAAUGCCGAGAACGCCUGCUGCAAGUCGGACAAGUUUGCAAAGCUGGAGGACCGGACCAGGGCUGCCCUCCUGGACAACCUUCACGAUGAGCUCCACGCCCACACACAGGCCAUGCUGGGACUGGGCCCAGAGGAGGACAAGUUUGAGAAUGGAGGCCACGGGGGUUUCCUGGAGUCUUUUAAGAGGGCCAUCCGCGUACGCAGCCACUCCAUGGAGACCAUGGUGGGCGGCCAGAAGAAGUCGCAUAGUGGGGGCAUCCCAGGCAGCCUCAGCGGGGGCAUCUCCCACAACAGCAUGGAGGUCACCAAGACCACCUUCUCGCCUCCAGUGGUGGCGGCAACGGCGAAGAACCAGUCACGGAGUCCCAUCAAGCGACGGUCGGGACUCUUCCCCCGCCUGCACACGGGCUCAGAAGGCCAGGGAGACAGCCGGGCACGAUGUGACAGCACAUCCAGCACACCCAAGACCCCGGAUGGUGGACACUCCUCUCAGGAGAUAAAGUCUGAGACCUCAUCCAAUCCCAGCUCUCCGGAAAUCUGCCCCAACAAGGAGAAGCCCUUCAUGAAGUUGAAGGAGAACGGCCGCGCCAUCUCCCGCUCCUCCUCCAGCACCAGCAGCGUCAGCAGCACCGCAGGGGAGGGCGAGGCCAUGGAGGAGGGCGACAGUGGGAGCAGCCAGCCGUCCACAACGUCACCCUUCAGGCAGGAGGUGUUUGUCUACAGCCCGUCCCCGAGCGGCGAGAGCCCCAGCCUGGGGGCAGCGGCCACCCCGAUCAUCAUGGGCAGGAGUCCCACAGAUGCCAAAAGCAGAAACUCCCCAAGAUCGAACCUGAAAUUCCGCUUUGACAAGCUCAGCCACGCCAGCUCUGGUGCGGGUCACUAAUCUGAAAGCGGAGUCCUUCGCCUGUCCCAGGGAAGCCCCUCUUCUGUCCUGGAAAAGGCUCCUGUUCCAGCAGUUUGGGAGUGCCGCCGAUGACCCUGACAGUCCCAGCCCCGCCGCCCCCCGGCCACCUGCCCACAGACGUGCUGUCGGUCCCGGUGUCCCAGUCUGACCACAACCCUGCCUCCGCCCUCAUCUACAUGCCCUCCCAGCACCUCCCAUCUCUGGGUGAGGCCUUCCUCCUCAGGUUCCUCCCACUCCUGACCUCCCAGUGUGAUGUCCGGGUCGUUUAUCAUCCUGUUCAGCCUGGAGAGGAAAAGAGAGUUGGGCAAAGGGGGAUCUCGGGGGAGCUCAGCAGUGACUGGGGAGCUGGUCUGCCUCAGAGACGGAGUUGGGGGCGGGAGCAGAGCCUCGGUGAGGGUCUUGGCCAUGGGGCAGUGCCUUCCCGGAUGCGAUAGGCUUUACUACCGGGAAUGCACUCGGUGGUGGAGGUGUCAUGUUCCCAGGAGCCAAGAUUCGUAGCAUCCUUGAGGCCAUCCUGAUAAAAUUCGGCGCUCUUGCCCCCGUAUCUCUGGAGUUCUAAACCGUCUAUCUGCUUCUGUGCUGAGCAUCUUUCCCAUCUGCUGACGUAGACCCAGGGCUGCCCCGCCCCUGCUGCCAGUGUACUGUGAGCGGGGGCUCCAGCCAGUUCAAGCUCAGAGACGGAGCUGGAUGGGCCGGGACACUUCCUGGACUGUGGCAGGAACUCUGGGUUCCACCCAGUUUCUCCUGAUUAUGGCUGCUG